UUAAGGGAACAGGUGUCUUCAUUUUAUUCUGGUAUAUCACAUUGGUUUAGUGAAAUCUUUUUCCAGGGAAUUGUUUUUCAGUAUUAUUUUUGGAUGGCAUAAGGUGUGCACUGGAAAAGUUAUUUCUGCACAGAGUUGUCUCCCUUCCAUAAGUAUCUUGUCCUGCCUGAAUUAUUUAUGUUUUCAUUUAAUGUCAAUUAUAUGAUUAUAAAGGCUUAUAAGUAAGAUGUAUCAAUAAGACUUGAAUUAGUCGAUACAAUUCAAUAUCCUGUUUAAUCAAUGUUUAUGAUUUCUGUGAAAACAAAGUCAGAAAGUAUAUAGAUAUUUGGAAAGAUUGACUUUAGCAUAAAUGAUAAAGACAUAAUGCAGAAAUAAAACAGAGGUAGCACUUGCUUUUAAAGUUUCUCAUAAAGAAAAUUUCCUAAUUUAACCGAAUAAAACAUUAUCAUUUUAUAAAUCUCUUUAUGAUUGUUCACACAAUAGAGGCAAGGUUUUAUCCGCUAAGACAAAAACAAUAUUUAGUUUAUGAGUGAUUGAGAUUGCUUUAUAAAGCCGUGUUUCAAUAACGUUUCAACGUUUAUCAUCAAGUAGCCCAUUGUCAACAUGUAUUGUCUUGAUUUUAUACAUUUGAUUUGUUUUUGGCUUAAAUUGUUGGCAAAAUUAUCAAAAACGUUCAAAUUGUUUUGCUUCAAACAUGAUAUUAAACAUAUUGAAAUAAGUAUUUUGUCCUGAAUAUAAUUAUACGUUUUGGAAUUAAACAGUGUAGUUGAAGUUACAUAACGAAUAUUUAUAUUAUUUCGUCAUUUGAAAGAAAGUUCAAUAAAGAAUGGAUUGGGACACUCGACUUUAUCAUAUAUAUCUAUAAAAGGCAAUUUUGAUUUGAAGGACAGGUUUUUGCCAUGAAUAGACCCAUUACAUGAUAUGAUUUGAUUUAGCUAAAAUGGCAGGGAUUUAAAGUAUUUACCAACCUUUUAAGCAGUUACUUCAUCUUAGAUUCAGUUUGUUCAUAAUAUUUUCUUAGAAACCGGAUUUUGUAUACGUGAACCGAAAGAAAUCAAGAUGGCAGUCUAUCCAUAUGGGGAAAUUAAGUUAAUGGAUAAUUACGAUUUAGCAAGAGCGUAUUCUUGGGAUGUUAGAUCGGCUCUAAAACUUGUGAAGAUCGAGAUGCAUAUGAAACUUAAGGAAUUCAAUGACAGUAUUCUCAGUGUAAUAAACGAGCACAGUUCCGAGAUAGAAAACUAUGAGAAAUUUCAUAGUGAGUUAUUUGGUAGGCAUAAGGAAGAAAUUGAAGUACAUGAGACAGAGACUAAUGAUAAGGAACUAGAGGAUAUACUGGAGGAAGAUGAUAAAGAUGGUGGUAUUGAAAUUCUAGAUAAAAUGAAAGACAAAGAGGUGGACUAUCUAGACCUUAUUAUGCCAAAUCUUAAUUUACCUAAAAUAGAUCCUGAAGGUGGAAGUAAGAAAGUGCAGUUUUCAUUUAAGAAAAUUGGAGCUUCAGCACAGGGAGUCAAUCCAGUAUACGCCAAAGAUAUUGAUGUGCUGGUUCCUAAUUCAGAUCCUCAAACAGGUCAUGUGAUCAGAAACAAUGACACUGUCAUCAAAACUACGUUCAAGAGCGAGGUCAAUUUUGACACGGCGUUCAGUGGUGUAUCGACAAGGAAAGUGAUCAUGGAGGAGAGAAACGUGUACUGCGGACCAUACAAUGUCCUUGUACUAUGUGACAAUGAGGAUCCCCACAGGGUGUUUCAUACAGAUGGAGGGAAGUUGAUUGCAAUUGGAUCUAAAGACAGAAAGAUUCGCUUUAUAGACAACACAUCUGGUAGAGAACACAAGAGAAUGACAAAAGGGGAGAGCACUGAUGAUGAACUUCCUGUAAUUACUGGGCAUGCAGGUUCUAUACGAUGUGUACACAUCUUGGAGAAACAGGGUUUGGUUCUGAGUGGCAGCUAUGAUACCAGUAUUAGGAUGUGGAGUGUGAACACAGGACACUGCCUCAAGAUAUUUCGAGGACACAGAGAUACAGUGCUAACUAUUCGAACACUUGGAGAUCUCCUCAUAUCUGGCUCAAAGGAUAAAUCUUGUAAAGUUUGGGACAUGCAGACAGGGAAGUGUCACAGGUCAUACCGGCACAGAUAUCCUGUUACAGCAGUUGCUAUGUCAACAGAAACAGUUAUAUCUGGUUGUGAGAGUGGAAAGGUGAAAGUGUGGGAACUGAGAUCAGGCAACUUAAUAAAGGUUUUAAAUGGUCAUCAUGAGGGUGUUACAGCAAUUCAGUUUGACCGUUGGCAUAUUGUAACUGGAGGGAGAGACGGGUAUGCCCUAGUUUGGAGUGCCAUUGGAGAUCAUAAUAGAUGUCUGUCAGCUCUCCGACAUCCAAAAGAGGUAUUGUGCCUUGAAUUUAUAUAUCUGCGCUGUAUCACUGGCUCAGCUGAUGGUCGUAUCAGAAUCUGGAAUAUUAUAACAGGACAGUGCUGUAGAAUCAUGAGGGGAAACAGUCGCAGUGAUCCCAUUCUUAACAUCAUUGCUAUUGACAAUAGAAUCACAAUAAAUACUGCCGUGAACUUGUUGGUAUUGAACUUUGAAGAAGUGGAAUGGAACUACAAUCUAGAGGAAGACAAAGUGCCUCCGUUGGUUCAGUAUUCCUCUUACACAGAGGCUCCUGUUAGGCAACAGCCAUAUCCUUAUAUCAGAGCUCAGAGAAUGAAGAAAGCAGGGGCAGCUAACACUAAGAUCUUACACAAAGAUGGGCAUAGAGAAUCCUUGAAACCACCGAUACCACAGUUGUCAUUCAGAGCGCAUCAACUGCCGCACAGUGCUAAAACCUUAUCUGCCAAAAGUCUUGGAAGUGCAAGAGCAAUACAGCAAGGGCCUAAUGACAGCUUGUACUCACAAGGCAGAGGUACAAAAAGUGCUACCUACAUUGACAGGCAUGCAUCAUCUGUUAAAAGAACUGCCACUGUGUCAGCACAUUCUAAACCUCCGUUACCAAGCUCUUCCAAGUCUCGUCCUCAGACAUCAAAAUCUGCCCAGUCUGGUUACUCUGUUACUAUAAUGGAUGAUGUAGCAGAACAAGAGUGGGAGGAGGAAGAAUGGAGAGAACCAAUCAGACUUCAACGUAGAAUUUCCUGGGCAUUUGAAAAUCCUAUUGUGCCAAAAUCCAAGGAUAUUUCUCUCUCUGAAACUAAAUCUUUGUUACGAUCGCAGAUGAGGAUGAAGGCCGAAAGUAUUGUACCUCCAGACUUCAUUUACCUCACUGUAAAUGCUAUACAAAAUUCGAUGCAACCUUCUGAAACUAGUGCUAAUACUGAACAAAAUAUACUGGACAGGAAAUUAGACACAAGAUUAAGGAAGAAUAGACCAUCUUCUUCUCCAAGUAAAAUUGAUCCUAGGACACGAGUUCCUGUGGACCAGAUUGAUCUGUCACAAUUCCAUGAAAAGGAAGAUAAUGACACUCUGUCUGAAGUGUCAGACCACAGAUCCAUUAAAUCAGCAAAAUCAAAAGACUCUAUACCUGUUGCAACUGACAGAGAAAUAUAUUCUACGAAAUGUCAAGUGAAACCAUUGAAAACAUCGCCAAAAGUUAGUGUACAUCCAAAACGUAUUCGUACAACUUUACCAAAAGGUAGAGUGAUCCGUCCAAUAUCUGCUUCAGUUACCAGGAAGGAACCACAUGAACCUGAUCAAGUUCAGUUUAAAUCAGGUCGCCCAAUCACUGCCCCUCAUUUGAGAGUACGCCCUGAUACAGCAUCUACAUUACCAUCUAACAUAGCAGCAUCGAUGCCAGGUGUACAUCCUCCAAAACGUAAGCAACAAAACAUUGCAACCACUGGUUAUGAGGCUAACAUUGUUCCAAUGUUGAUGUAUCCUGCAGAUAUGAAAGAAAAACUUGCAACUUUACUGAAAGAAAAACGUCAACACAGAACUGACGAACUUUUAGAAUCAGCGAGCGAAAUGGGACUAGGUAAAGUAAGUCAAUUCAAUGACCCGAUGAGGUCACACGUGAAGUUUGAGUUGAGAACACACAACCAAGAACGAGAUUAUAUCACCGAGACUGAGAAACACUUCCAAGAAAGACAAAAGCGAGAUGAAGCUAUUUUGGAGAGAAAGAAAAGAGUACUAUGGACUGCCAAAGCUAAAGGAGAUCAGAUGUCACGCAUUAAUUCUGCACCAGUAGGAUCAAGUAAUUGACAGUAUAUUUGGUUAUAAAGACCGUUCUUUAGGUUCUUGUAGUACCUGUGAUUUUACUGGAGUGCUUUAUGACUUCCUAGUGCUUUCUAUAUGAUAUAUUUCCAAAUGCAAAACACACAGUUUUCUAGAUUGCAAAGCAACUAGUAACACUCCUGAAAAACUACAAUAAUUGUUUUCUCCCUCUCCUGGUUUUUGGGAUUUUUCUUAUAGCGUGAACAACAAGGUUUUUUGAAAAGUAUCGGCACUGUUUGAAUGUAAACUAUGUGUGUAUGAUGGUAAAACUUGCAAGGUUAUGUAUUCUAGGUAUGUUUUUAUAAAAUUGUCUAGUCCAAGGAGAUCGAAAUGACAGUAUCUGUAUGUGUUGAAUUCUUACUCCUGUCAUGUAUGGAGUUUGACCGUAUCACAAUACAUAUAUGUAUUCUUGCUCACUGUAUAAAUCCCUCGGGGUUGCUUAUUAUUUAUUCUGAAAUGUGCGAAACUGUGUAUAUAUAUGAGGGUAAUGUCAUUUUACUGGUGUCAAAUAAUUCUGGAAUUGCUACUUUUUCAACUAGAUUGUUAUCAAUUAUAUACUCACAGAGAACAGUAUGUAGUUGACCAAAACAUGAGUUGAGAACUGUUCUAUACUAGUACCCACGAUGUUGUGGCAAUACAUCACACAGUAUACAAGUAGAACAUUCAAUAUCAAGUUUCCGAGGGCAUCAGUUUGUGGACCCAUGCGUGCAGUGCUCUCGACCAAUCAAACAAGCACGUUCUUCAGGAUAUUUUUAACAACAUUUUAAUGGAAGGAACACUUCAUUUUGCACUUCAAUAAAAGUGAUAUUUGAAAUGUAAAAAAAACCCACUAAAGGUGAUUAGCAAAAUGUCAAUGUAGGUUCUGUGUGUCUAGACCAAAGCAGUGCUGAAAAAAUAUAUUUUAGAGAAAGUAACUGACAUCAUUGGUUAGUGCUUUUCUUUGUUGUUUCGUUAGAACAUAGUUUAUCUAUGAUUGCAGUAUUUAGCCAAAUAGUUCACAUUUUAUACUUGUUUACAUCACAAAUGUUAAGAAAAGUAUUAAUUGAUAUACAUAUAUUUACUUCUUUUUGGUCUUCGUUAUUAUCUUAGCAUUAUUAUGUUGUUAUAAGCUAUGCAGUGGAUCAGUCUUUGUGAUAUUUUGUUCAGCAUUACACCAUUUACAAAGUACAGAUGUAAAUUACAUACUUUUUGUCAGUUGUUAUCAAAGGGACAUGACUACAAAAAGAUGUGAUGUAUUUUAACGCCAGUCAAAGAUUUGACUGGUCAAAAGUUUGUUAAACUUCACAAAAUGUCACAUGAAUGAGCAAGUAGUGAGAUGCCUUGUUAGUGCUGGUAAUAACUGCUGAAUAUCUUAUUUUUUUCUAUCUUUAAUAGAUUUACGUAAGUGUCAAAGAAAUCCAUGUGUAUUUUCUCAUUUAGUAUAUGAUAAGUCUGUGAUAAUGAAGGUUUUAUUCCAUUUGUUUAUUAAAAUGUUCAAUAAUU